CACAUUACUGCCUCGGUCAAAGUUAUAAGGGGGGAGCUUUGUGGGAGGCAUCAUUUUGUCUUUCCACUGCCUGUUUGCAGAAGCCAGCAGUGUCACAAUCCAUACAGUGACAACUGCGAUGAAGUUCCCUGCAAAACAAACUUUCUUCUUUCUGUCGUUUGUGUUGUUUCUCCAUGUUGCUGCAGACCAACAUGGACCUGAAGUCCACACGAAGCUCGGGAGCCUGAGAGGUCAAUAUGUGAGUGUGAAGGGGAAGGAGAGCGGGGUCCAUGCCUACCUGGGUGUCCCAUUUGCCAAGCCACCUGUAGGCCCUGCUCUGAGACUGGCUCCACCCCAGCCUGUAGAGGGAUGGGAAGGAGUGAGAGACGCCACCCAGCAGCCACCCAUGUGUGUUCAACACAAAGAGUUUACUAUAGAUCUGCUUGAAAAACUCGGUGACUUGUUGGUAGAUAUCCCAGACAUUUCAGAGGACUGCCUUUACCUCAAUAUUUACACUCCUGCAAACAGAGCGCACAAUGCCAAGCUCCCAGUCAUGGUCUGGAUCCAUGGUGGAGGGUUUUCUAUGGGGUCAGCUUCAAUAUAUGAUGGAUCAGCCCUGGCUGCUUACCAAGAUGUGGUUGUGGUUCUGAUCCAGUACCGCUUGGGUCUUCUGGGCUUUCUCAGCACUGGAGAUGAGCACAUUUCAGGAAACUUUGGCAUGUUGGACCAGGUAGAAGCUCUGAGGUGGAUCCAGAAGCACAUCCAUAACUUUGGAGGAGACCCAGAUUUGGUUACCAUAUUUGGGGAGUCUGCUGGCGGAGUCAGCGUAUCCCUCCAUCUACUCUCACCAAUGUCUAAAGGCCUGUUCCACCAUGCCAUUGCUGAGAGUGGUACUGCUUCAAUGGAUUCACUUCUCACCAAUGAUCCUCUACCAGUGACGCAGAUGAUAGCAAAUGCAUCUGGCUGUAGCCUUGAAAGCACACAGAAGAUUGCUGACUGCAUGAGAAGCCUUGAUAUUGACACGAUUGUGACUUUUGGACAGGAUCCAACUAUUAGAAUUGCUUUAAAUAUUGAUGCACACUUCAUCACAAAACCUGUGGAUGAGCUGUACCGUACUCAUGAUCUCUUCACUGCACCAUUCAUGACUGGUGUUAAUAAUGAUGAAGGGGGCUGGUUACUUCCUGAUUUCUUUUUCUCUUCAAACUGGACAGAGGGAUUAGAUCGGGAGCAGGUCUUCAACACGAUGAUCAUGUUCCACCCUGAUCCCAAUGGUGCGAUCAUCAGUGAACUUAUGAUAGAUGAAUACAUUGGAACUGGUGAGGAUCGUGUGAAAAACAGAGAUGGGUUCACUGAGUUGCUGGGAGAUGCACUCUUCAACAUUCCAGCCAUUAAGACUGCUAAUGCCCACAGAGAUGCAGGUGCCCCUGUCUACCUGUAUGAGUACCAGUAUACUCCCAAAAUCCUGCAGAAAAAGAGGCCUAGCUUUGUUGGGUGUGACCAUGGAGAUGAACUCUUAACAGUAUUAGGAUUCUGCUUCACAACCACCCAUAUCAGAAUAUCUGAGGCAUGCACUGAAGAGGAGGAAGAGUUUAGCAGAAUCAUGAUGAGCUACUGGGGCAACUUUGCACACACAGGGUCUCCUAAUGGGGCUGGCCUUGUCCACUGGCCAAAGUAUGGAGCAGAAGAGCACUACCUGUCAAUUGAUGCAAAGGAGCAGGUAGUUGCUCAGCACCUGAAGAAGGACCGAUUCAUCUUCCUGACUCAGACUCUCCCUGAGAAGGUCCGACAACACAAAGAGAAGAUGGAGGGUGGACCUGAAGUCCACACGAAGCUCGGGAGCCUGAGAGGUCAAUAUGUGAGUGUGAAGGGGAAGGAGAGCGGGGUCCAUGCCUACCUGGGUGUCCCAUUUGCCAAGCCGCCUGUAGGCCCUGCUCUGAGACUGGCUCCACCCCAGCCUGUAGAGGGAUGGGAAGGAGUGAGAGACGCCACCCAGCAGCCACCCAUGUGUGUUCAACACAAAGAGUUUACUAUAGAUCUGCUUGAAAAACUCGGUGACUUGUUGGUAGAUAUCCCAGACAUUUCAGAGGACUGCCUUUACCUCAAUAUUUACACUCCUGCAAACAGAGCGCACAAUGCCAAGCUCCCAGUCAUGGUUUGGAUCCAUGGUGGAGGGUUUUCUAUGGGGUCAGCUUCGGUGUAUGAUGGAUCUGCCCUGGCUGCUUACCAAGAUGUGGUUGUGGUUCUGAUCCAGUACCGCUUGGGUCUUCUGGGCUUUCUCAGCACUGGAGAUGAGCACAUUUCAGGAAACUUUGGCAUGUUGGACCAGGUAGAAGCUCUGAGGUGGAUCCAGAAGCACAUCCAUAACUUUGGAGGAGACCCAGAUUUGGUUACCAUAUUUGGGGAGUCUGCUGGCGGAGUCAGCGUAUCCCUCCAUCUUCUCUCACCAAUGUCUAAAGGCCUGUUCCACCAUGCCAUUGCUGAGAGUGGUACUGCUUCAAUGGAUUCACUUCUCACCAAUGAUCCUCUACCAGUGACGCAGAUGAUAGCAAAUGCAUCUGGCUGUAGCCUUGAAAGCACACAGAAGAUUGCUGACUGCAUGAGAAGCCUUGAUAUUGAUACAAUUGUGACUUUUGGACAGGAUCCAACUAUUAGAAUUGCUGUAAAUAUUGAUGGACACUUCAUCACAAAACCUGUGGAUGAGCUGUACCGUACUCAUGAUCUUCUCACUGCACCAUUCAUGACUGGUGUUAAUAAUGAUGAAGGGGGCUGGUUACUUCCUGGUUUCUUUUUCCCUUCAAACUGGACAGAGGGAUUAGAUCGGGAGCAGGUCUUCAACACGAUGAUCAUGUUCCACCCUGAUCCCAAUGGUGCGAUCAUCAGUGAACUUAUGGUAGAUGAAUACACUGGAACUGGUGAGGAUCGUGUGAAAAACAGAGAUGGGUUCACUGAGUUGCUGGGAGAUAUACUCUUCACCAUUCCAGCCAUUAAGACUGCUAAUGCCCACAGAGAUGCAGGUGCCCCUGUCUACCUGUAUGAGUACCAGUAUACUCCCAAAAUCCUGCAGAAAAAGAGGCCUAGCUUUGUUGGGUGUGACCAUGGAGAUGAACUCUUAACAGUAUUAGGAUUCUGCUUCACAACUACCCAUAUCAGAAUACCUGAGGCAUGCACUGAAGAGGAGGAAGAGUUUAGCAGAAUGGUGAUGAGCUACUGGGGCAACUUUGCACACACAGGGUCUCCUAAUGGGGCUGGCCUUGUCCACUGGCCAAAGUAUGGAGCAGAAGAGCGCUACCUGUCAAUUGAUGCAAAGGAGCAGGUAGUUGCUCAGCACCUGAAGAAGGACCGAUUCAUCUUCCUGACUCAGACUCUCCCUGAGAAGGUCCGACAACAUAAAGAGAAGAUGGAGCACAGCGAGCUAUAGAAAAGUCCCCUCUAUACUGUUGCUAGGGCAACAGCUUUGGUCCCUGAUCACUUCCUAUCAGCUACCCAGGAAACUAUAAAUCUAUCUUUAGUAGUUUCCUUGGUCAGCUCCUGCAUUAACAAACAUUCCAACAGGAAAUACAAAGGGAACCAUUUUGAAUGUGUGUGUUGUUAAGUUUGAAAUGGCAAAGCACCUUGCACUGUAUGAAAUUUGGAAAGGAGAUCCUUUCAAAAAGUAUAUUCAGAAGAUUCCACAAUUGACCUAUGGCUAAGCCACACCCCCCUCCACUCACUCAGACAAACUAUGGCAGGUGUCACAGUACACGGCAUUUCGCAGGGGGCAAUUGAUGAUUUUUGGGGACAUAACGAUCAGAUGUCAUUGAGAAGCAACCAAAAGGGCCUAAACUACCCAUUGGAGGGAUAUAUUCACCAUUUCAUUGUUGAGAAGCUCGAUGAAAUGCUUAGAUUACAGGCCAAAAUUUACAGGUCACAGUGUACGCUUGUGAAACGCAUCUCGUUGCUGUCGCCAUCAAAGACAACAAGUUAAAGUGCCACAGUUAAGGUUUUUGGCUCAGAAAAUGAGAAAAGGAUAACGGCCUUUUUACCAUCUUUACCAAGAGUGUCUCUCCAUUAGUUUGGUACAGUAUUUACACUGAAUCAUUCAGCAUAAUGUUUGCCAACCUUUGUUAUCUUUGCGAUUACAGAUAAAUUAAUGAAGCUAAGCUCCAGAAGUUAACGUUAGCUUAACUAGAACCCUUUGGACAACAGCUAACAAUGAUGUACAAUCACCAAAGUACAAAACUAGAACGAAACAGGCUAAUGAACUCCCAGCAAACAAGGUGACAUGAUGAACAACGCAGCUAGGAGCCUAACUUUAGCUAACGUUAGCUAGAGAUGUUAAAGAUAACUUUAUAUUUCUUUCCAGCAAAGUGACAAUAUGUUUCCUCAAACACAAUGUUGACUUAUCUUAAAACAGAUGUAGACAUCAUUCACGUUGAGUUGAUGUUGUGGUUUAACAUUACUGCACAACUUUAUCCAAAGGAGACACUUUUCUUGGUUGAGAUGUGGUUUAAAGUGUAAAAAAUACACCCCAUCGCCCAGCCUCUCAGGAUACCUUGUGUCAGAGUUGCAUAUACCCCAUGCACACUGUGUACAACGUACAUCAAAUUAAAUCCAAGGUAGAUCGCUUCAGUGAAUACUUCUUGUAAAAUAUGAAAAACCCAAGAGGAAUUAUGGAGCCUAAGUGUACCAUAAUCCUUUGAAACCUUAGCAAAUUGGCUUGAAAUCUUUGAAAACAUGGGAAGAAGGCAAUGAGCAAGGAAAGAAGAAAUGACCCCAAAAUGUUCCCAAGAAAUUGGUGAAAAGACAAACUUAAAAAUAAAAUUUGUUUAAAAACAAACAAGGAAAUUACCUGGAAAGAGGUCUUAAAAAUGUAAUAAUUCGGUUACAUUGUAAAUAUAGUUUUUCCCUACCUUUAAAAAAAAAAAAAUUAAAUAAUUUUCUAAAUCUUUUUUUUUUUUUUUUUUUCCUUUUGCAAUUUGUGGGACAUUUCUUACCAUGUUACUUAAUGCCUUUUUCUCAUGAUUUUUUAAAAGAAAUCACACCAAUUUGCUCAGGAUUCAAAGGGUUAAAUACUUGCAAAAAGUAUAUGAAAGCAGUACAAGAAAAGUGAUGUCGCUCCAGGUUUCAAAGGUUUAAAUAAUGUGAUACCCCGACUGUGUUUGCCCACAUAUAUUUCAUGACUCCUUACUCAUCUGGAUUCCAGUGUAAAAUAAAAGCCAUCUGGAGCUGUUGAAAUGU